CACAACACUUCAAAGAAAACACACACUAAACAAAAAACAGAAAAGUCCAUGGCAACUAUAACUUCCACUUCAUUAAUUCAAGAUUUCAUGAAAAAUUUCCAAUAUCCAAGAAGACUACUUCUACCAGCCACCCCACAACAAACAGAUCUAUCACAAGGGGACACCACCAAUACAUUUGAUGCACAUGUUGUGAUGGUACUAUCAGUACUAUUAUGUGCUUUAGUUUGCUCACUUGCCUUGAAUUCAAUCAUAAGAUGUGCACUAAGAUGCACUAGUUUGGUAUCAGAGUCAGACUCAUCAUCAUCGAUCUCUACAAACAUUUCAGCAACGACGAAGCUUACAAAUAACGGGAUCAAGAAGAAAGCCCUCAAGACUUUUCCAAUCAUAACAUACACUACUGAGUUGAAACAUCCAGGUCUCGACUCUGAAUGUGUCAUUUGCUUAUCAGAAUUCGUUGCGGGAGAGAAAGUUAGGGUUUUGCCAAAGUGCAACCAUGGGUUCCACGUCCGAUGUAUCGAUAAAUGGCUCAAUUCACACUCUUCUUGCCCUACUUGUAGACAUUGUCUCAUUGAAACUUGUCAAAAAAUUGUCAAUGGUGGUAGCUCUAAUUCAACUACAAUUUCAAACCCUCAAGUAGUAGCACAAGAAAUUAUUAUAAGGAUUGAACCUCUACAACGUGAAGGUGUGGUAUCUAACCAUCAACAUUAGGUAUAAAAUAAUUAGUGUAGUGGCUAGAGUUCAAUUGAUUGAUAUGUUAUAACAUACACUCAAUCAGUAACUUUCUAGUAAUCAAUUCAGUUGAUUACAAGAUAGAGAAUCGAACCCUCACCAAUAAGGUGAAUGUUUAGAUAGUCAACCAACUGAUUUGCUAA